AGAGGCGUCACUGCGUUACGACGUGGCGGCGAGAGUUGCGUCUCCGACCGUCACCUCUCACAGUCUACGUCACGUCCACAACAAUAACAGCUGAGAUGUGGUAACGUGACGUGACGCGUGGUGUUGUGUGACCUUAAUUUCAUCAGGCUUGGCGUACACUGCAGCCAGGAAUGUAACGUUAUCAAGCACCUCGCGGUUUUAACUUUGCAGGCCUAAAUAACAAGACGAGUAACGAUAAUGUAACAUAAGUCCUUCGUUGUCACUUACGUUAACAAGACGCAAUGCUUUGGACAAAAAGAGAGUCACCUUGGAUCUUAGCUGUCACAUAUGUUUCAUUGGUUAUAUGUUGUGCCUUUAAGCUUAGUAGUGCGCUAAAGCAAACAAAUGCUCAAAUUAAGGAAAAGAUUACAAGCACUGAACUCUUAGCAGAUAAUAAUGAUGGAACUUUGUUGGUAUCAACACUUGAUGGUGCUCUUCAUGCCAUUUCCAAAUCUUCCGGAGCUCUCAAAUGGACACUCAAAGAUGAUCCAGUCAUUAUUAAUCCAACUGAUUCUUCACAGCCACCAUUACCAAAAUUCUUUCCCAAUCCCCAAGAUGGGUCUCUGUACCGUUACACAUUAGGCCGUAAUCGUGAACCACUGAAGAAACUUCCAUUUACUAUUCCGCAGCUUGUGGCCAACUCUCCAUGUCGUUCUAGUGAUGGCAUUUUUUAUCUUGGAAAAAAAACUGACUCGUGGGUUGGUGUUGACUCGAUCACCGGUGAGAAACAGCUGGUACUGGGUGUUGACAUUGUGGAUCGUAAGUGUCCUAAGCCUUCACGAAAUACCGUGUACUUCGGUCGCACUGUAUACAAUAUAAUUCUUUAUGAGGCAUCAACUACUAACAAGUGGAACAUCAGUUUCUCAGAAUAUGCUACAAGCACUUCAUCCUCAACUGUUGAAAAUUAUGACUUGGUGCACUACACGUCAACGGGUGAAGGCUCUAUACUUACAAUAGACCAGCGGACAGGGUCAUUACUCUGGACGCUGGAGCUUGAAUCACCACUUGUAGCUAUGUAUCUUCUCAGUCCUGAAGGUGGACUAUUAGCAGUUCCCAUGACAACUGUAGCACCCCAGACCCUGGCUCACUUUACAGAAGAAUUUAUGCAUCUCACACAUGAGUAUGCUGAUGGUUCUGAUGGUCUGCUUAUUAAAAAACUGAGCCCGACAAUUUACAUUGGAGAGUGUAGUUCAGGAGUGUAUGCUGUUCCUGCCCUGGUUGAUGCUAACACGGCCACCAUCUCACAUAGAGGCUCACAGUUGUUACUGGAAGGGCCGCCUGGAUCUCGUGGAACUCUUGGUUCUCGUCAUUCUAAGAGUGCUAGCGAUGCAGAUGAAGAAAAGAAGACCGAUGUUCUCCUGCUUGGUUACUAUGAGAUACCCGAGAAUGUGAAAUCUGACUUGGUCAAAGCAAGCCCAGAAGACGUGGCCAAGAUCACCGAUUAUGUUUUACCUCUUGGAAUCACACACGAAAAAAAUAACACCCAGCCAGCUCGAUCUCAAGAAGAUGUUAGGAGUGAAAUGGAGGAUACUUAUGCCCUUGUUUUAGAUGGGUUGGAUCAAAUGAAAAGGAUGAAUGUAAGUUUUGUAACUUCAGGGAAAGUAUUAAGGUGGUGGAGAGAAGUAUGUCACAUGGUGUGGCUGUGGCUCAUCUCUGAUACUGUCAACCUACUGAUUGUUAUCCUUCUCUUUGGAUUUGGAGUAAUUGUCCGUCUUCUUUACAAGCAAGCUCAAGAUUAUGCCAGGCUUACACAAGAGAUGUCUUCUCGACGCCCCUGGUCGCAGGGAUCCAACAACUCUGGAGGCUCAUCAGGUAACAUCACAGCUGUGGCAGAGGAGCUGGACAAUGGAACUGUUAGUGUGGGCAAAAUAAUAUUUGAUCCACAGCAGUUACUUGGCAAAGGCUGCGAUGGCACAUUUGUGUUCAGAGGCACAUUUGAUGGUCGUAGUGUGGCAGUCAAGCGAGUGCUUCCAGAUUGUUUCUCCAUCGCUGACCGUGAAGUGGAUCUCCUUCGGGAAAGUGAUCAGCAUCCACACGUUAUUAGAUAUUUUUGCACUGAACAGUGUCGACAGUUUCGUUAUAUUGCGUUGGAACUAUGCAGUGCCACCCUGGAGGACUUCAUUCAGGACAGGUUUAAGGCAAAUAUAAGCAUUCUUAGUGUCCUGCAACAAGCUACUUCUGGUUUGCAACAUCUUCACACCCUUGAUAUUGUGCACCGAGACAUAAAGCCUCACAAUGUACUACUAUCUCUACCAAACUCUCGAGGCCAAGUUCGAGCUAUGAUAUCUGAUUUUGGUCUCUGUAAAAGACUGGAAAGUGGACGGAUGUCAUUCUCACGGCGAUCGGGUGUCACUGGAACAGAAGGCUGGAUUGCCCCUGAAAUGAUGCUGAAUACAUCUAGACCGACAUGCAAAAUUGAUAUAUUUUCACUUGGCUGUGUGUACUACUAUAUGCUAACUAAAGGGAAGCAUCCUUUUGGAACAGUUCUGGAUCGACAGUCUAACAUCAUAUCGGGAAAUUUUAGACUUGAUGAUUUACAUGAAGAAAAGGAUAUUAGCUGCAGAAUUCUGAUUGAGAAAAUGGUGAGCAGUAAGCCUUCAGAACGCCCACCUACAUCAGCUGUUCUUAAACAUCCUUUUUACUGGAGCCCUGAAAAAGUUCUUGGCUUCUUUCAGGAUGUUAGCGAUCGUGUUGAGAAAGAAGGUGGAGACAGUAUGGUUGUAAUGAACCUAGAGCGAGGUGGUGUUGAUAUUGUGCGUAGGGACUGGAGACAACACAUGCAUCCUACCGUAGCAGAAGACCUCCGUAGAUUUAGAGACUACAAGGGUCGUUCUGUUAGAGACUUGCUUCGUGCUCUCAGAAAUAAGAGGAAUCAUUACCGGGAGCUUAAAGAAGAAGCUCGAUUAGUCUUUGGUCGCAUCCCAGACGAGUUCGUUGCAUAUUGGACUGAUCGCUUUCCAAAACUUCUGCUUCACACAUGGUAUGCUAUACACUGUGUCAAGACUGAGCCAAUCUUCAGCAAAUACUAUGAUGAGCACUACAAUUUCUGUCAGGAUUUUUUGUAUGAAAAUUAUACAUUUGCUCCUAACAAUCCAUACCGGGUAGGAACUCUUGGCUCUCGACCCGGAACUCUCCUUGAGGCCCAAGAAAACACUCCAUAUUAUAUAUUGGAUUCGAUGUUACAACAAGGACACGUACAGAAUUCCAAAAACUCAAAUAUAAGGGACAAUCAAGAGGAAAAUACUCCUCUUUGGGUUUUGCGGAAGCCGUCUAAUAUGUUUGAACCCCAGUAUAAACAGCCAGAGACAAGAAAUACUGAUGGCUUUUGGAGAUCAGCAGAUAAAACAGAUUUGAAAUCAGUGCAAAAGAAAACUAAAAUCGAACCAACUGUGAAAGGUGAAUUAAGACCACUGUGCACAGAAAUUCCAACAAAAGAACAAAUUUAUCCAGGUAAUAAUGAGAAAUUGUUUAAACAAGUUCCUGAAUGCUCAAACCCAAAUUAUGCCAGAAACACAGAAAAUGAUAAUUGUGAGUCUAAUAACAAGGUAAACCCUACCCUUGGUCAUGCAUAUGCAAAAGUGGAUCACACCACAGGUAGAAGUAAUGAUGUAUAUGAGAAUGCUCAAACUGAACCACCAGAGAUGCGGAGAGAUGCAUCACAACUGCGUUUCAGGGCUGUAUGGACAACCCCUCAGGAAGCACCAUGUGAACCAGAAAAGCAAAUCAAAAUUAUUACAGGUGUUGGAAAAAAGAAAAAGACCAAAAAUAUUUCAGUUGGUAAACUAUAAUUUGUAUUUUGAACAAAGAGAAGCAUAUGCAGUGAUCUGUCCCAAAAUAAGCAGUGGGAAUUGGCUAGUGCUUCAGAUACUUACAUUAAAGAACAAAUUAGUUUUAUAUUUGUUUUAAAUAAAUCAGUUUUAAAUAACUGAUGCAGUCGUUAGAAAAAUUAAUUAUAUAAUGUGUGUGUGUAUGUAUGUGUGACACCACAAGCGUAGCUCUCAUCCUGUAACUACACUUAAGUAAUUACACUUCGGUAAUUACACACACACACACACACACACAUACAUACAUACAUACAUACAUACAUACACACAGUAGUACCUUCGUUUACAGUUCUAAUCCGAUCCCAGAAAUGCGUCGUCCACCAAAAAAUUAUAAAUCAAAACAAAUUUUUCCACAAGAAAUAACAUAAAUUGGAUUAAUCUAUUCCACACACCCAAAAAUGUUAACUUAAAAAUAAAUUUUAUACCGAAUACCACUCAUAUUUUGUACUCCAGUACAGUACAUCUUACCUCUAUUGAGGACUCAUGUUGGCAUAUGGAAGACGGUGAGGAGGGGGGAAGAGGAGGAGAGGUAAUAGUGUUUGGAAGGGAAGUCCCCAUUCAUAUUAACAUGAGGCAGUGAUGACAUUUCUGGGGUACAC